UCCUCGGUCGGUGUCUCAUUCGAAGGACAAAGAAGAGGGCGAGUAGGUACUGUUAUAAAGCUCACGCGGUCACAAGCAUUUCGCGAUCGUUGCAGUGCAGUUGUGUAUUGUAAGGAUAAAAGAAUAAUCAAAGUAUAUUCAAUAUGUCUGUGUUUUUAGUUGGAAGAUUUUGUAGACAGAUUGUUACUCACAAUUCUCAGAUAAGAAACCCUUUUGUUUUGUCCCUAGCUCAGUCUUUUCACCUGUAUCCUGGUAGACCUUCCUGUGUUAACCCACUUGCUAACAGCAUGAUUCAGCAAAUUUCAGUGUCUGAAGAUUUCUUCUUCAAACAGUUGUUUGACAGAGUGAGCUGCACCUAUUCAUAUUUACUGGCUGAUGUUAAAUCAAAAGAAGCUGUUUUAAUAGAUCCAGUGAUUGAUUUGGCUGAAAGAGAUGCAAAGGUAGUUGAUAACUUGGGGUUGAAGCUGAAAUAUUCAGUUAACACCCAUAUGCAUGCAGAUCACAUUACUGGUUCAGGUGUAUUGAAAAAGCUUUUGGUUGGCUCCCAAAGUGUGAUCAGCAAGGCAAGCCAAGCUAUGGCUGAUAAAUAUGUUGAGCAUGGGGACAUUAUAGAAUUUGGCCCUCAUAAAUUGGAAGUAAGAUCUACUCCAGGACAUACAAAUGGUUGUGUUACAUAUGUGUGCCAUGCGCAAGGAAUGGCUUUCACUGGUGACGCUUUACUUAUUCGAGGUUGCGGCCGCACUGAUUUUCAAGAGGGGAGUUCAGAAACUUUAUACGAAUCCGUACACAAUCAGAUCUUUUCCUUACCCGAAAAUUUUCGAUUGUUUCCAGGGCAUGAUUACAAUGGCAUUUUGGACACGACCGUGUCGGAGGAAAAGAAGUUCAACCCGAGGCUCACAAAAAGCAAAGGGGAGUUCGUUGAAUUAAUGAAGAAUUUAAAUCUCCCUUACCCAGCACAGAUAGAUAAAGCGUUACCUGCAAACAAAGUUUGUGGACUAUACAACUUGCCUACCGAAAUGGAAGAAAAAUUUAAAUCAGUUUUGAAUGUUUAAAUUUUGCUUACUGUAGAGAAUAAGCCUCUAUAUAAUCUUAUUCCAAACAUUUAUAGCUUUACCUCAUAUUCCUUAUAUUUAGCGAUUCAUUGGUGGAAGAAGCAAUGAUGAAUUAUCAUCUUGUCAUACUGCAAUACAUAAUUUAAAUGGCACAAAAUAAAACAAUUUCAUUGA